AUGAAGGACCGUUUCAAACAGAAGUACACUGCCGGAGCCGCCGUGGCGUACAUGUCGCGAAAGCAGGCUUUGAAGAAGCUCCAGCUCACCCUCAAAGACUUCCGCCGGCUUUGUAUUAUCAAGGUGCGCAUAUCGAUUUUUGGAAUCAGUGUCUAACACUUCAUAUUUCAGGGCAUCUACCCACAUGAACCGGCUCACAAGAAGCAGGCAAACAAGGGUUCCACCGCUAAUAAAGUGUUCUACUAUCGCAAAGACAUCAACUUCCUGGCUCACGAACCAAUCAUCAACAAGUUCAGAGAGUACAAGGUGAGAAUUGUUGCAAAGUGACAACAUUUGAAAAGAAUAAAACUGUUCAGGUAUUCCUGCGAAAGCUGAAUCACUUGAAAGCAAAGAAGGAGGAGGAUAAAAUCAAAAAGUUGCACGACAACAAACCAGAAUACAACCUCGACUCUGUUGUCAAGGAGCGCUUCCCGACUUUCGGAUCGGCCCUCCGUGAUCUCGAUGACGCACUUUCUCUCUGCUUCACAUUCGCUAUGCUCCCACACACUCGUGUGCUCAAAGAGGGAAUGAUCGACAGUUGCCGUAAACUGACUGCCGAGUUCAUGCAUUACGUCAUCGAGUCGCAAUCGCUCCGCAACACCUUCAUUUCCAUCAAGGGAAUUUACUAUCAGGCAGAGAUUCAUGGUGAAAAGGUCACUUGGAUCGUGCCACACGAGCGCGGUCUUCCACACGUCACCGACGUCGACUUCACCGUCCUUGUCACCUUCGUCGAGUUCUACAUUGCGAUGCUUGGAUUUGUCAACUUCAAGCUCUACCAGGGAAUCGGUCUCUUCUACCCGCCACAGAUCGGACAGAUCGUCGAGAGUGACGAGAUGGAGACCGAGGAAUACAAGGAGAAGGUGUACAGUCUGGCGAAACCACUGGCCAAGAGAAAGGAUGUCGAACUGAAUGAGGAAGACGAUGAACCUUUGGAUCUGCUUGGAGAGGACUCCGGUGCGCUUGCCCAGAAGAUCAAGGAGGGCAAGAGCAUCAAGACGAUGUUCAAGGGAUGCGUGUUCUACGUUAAUCGCGAGUGCCCGAAAGAGGCGCUCACUUUCAUCAUCAGAAAUGGAGGAGGAGUUGUCGGAUGGGAUGCAGGACCGACCGAGUUGAAUGCGGACAGCAAGAGUAUCACUCACCACAUUGUCGAUCGGCCAAUGGACAAGUUGGAGGUCAACAGAAUCUAUGUGCAGCCGCAGUGGGUGUUCGACUGCUUGAAUGCUCGCAGAAAGUUGCCCACUGAGAAAUACAUGCCGGGAGUCGCCCUUCCACCGCAUUUCUCGCCAUUCACUUCUGAAAAGGCCGGAGAUUACAUUCCAUUUGAAAGAUUGGAAGAGUUGAGAAGCAUGGGCAAGGGUAUGAGAACUUCUGCUUUGGUCGGGUUAUAGCUUCUAAUUAUGCGAUUUUCAGAUGUUUCCGAGCUUGAGGCAGCCAUUCCGAAGACGAUGGACGAGUUACCGAUGCGCAGAAAGGAAGUGAAGCCAGAGAAGCCGAAGGGAAUUCACAUCGCCGUCGGACAAAUGCACAAGAAGAGCAAGGAGAAGUUCCACGAGACAGUCGAGAAAGGACAAGAGUUGAAGAUGCGCGAGUUGAUGAUCUCGAAGAAGCACCAGCGCGUCUACCACAGCAUGAAGACCCAGUUCAAGCGCAACCGCAACGACGCUCUGAAACUGAAGAAGAAGGCCAAGAUGGCAAGCGCGGUUGCCGUCUAA